AUGGGCAGUGGUUGUUCACAUUCAGCACACCUUUUCCAUUUGCUAAUAAGGUCCUGCCAGACUGGAAGGGAGUUGUCCCUGUCUGACUCUGGAGUGAGGAGCUCCUGCAACACUCCACCGGCACCAUGAAACUGCUGCAAGUGACCAUCCUUUGUCUGCUGCUUGUUUCCAGUCUUCGUAGUGAAGGCAACGAUAAUCAAACCACUCCUGCAUUAACCUCAGCAACACCUUUUACAACAGAAGCAUCUUUUUCCAUGCAAGUCGCAAAGUCGUCAUCACCAAAUGUUACAACAUCAACAGCUGGAACAUCUCCCAACGGAACAACUAACAAAGAAUCCAUACAAACACCUCCGCUGCCAACGGUUACUUCAAUAAUCACUACAGCUAAAGGUGAAGGAGCUACAACCAAUGGUGUCGUGAUGAAAAACUUGACCACCGCAACUGUAACAGUGAGAAAUCUUUCACUUCCAAGUACUGUUUCAACAUUACAAAGUGCACAAGACAAAACUAAGAAUCCAAGUUCAAUCAACACAACACAAAUACCAGUUAGCACUCAACAACCAGAUGCCUCAACUUCUGAAACUAGUAGUAUAUCUCCCUUAGUAUCAACAACAAUUCCAGAAAAUGCCUCAACGGCUCACGGCACUCAGAAUGCAAAAAAUGCAAGUCCUUCUUCAACCAACCCGUCUCGUUCCAGUAUUAUUUUGCCGGUGGUUAUUACUUUGAUUGUACUAACACUUUCAGUAUUUGCUCUGGUGGGCUUGUACCGAAUGUGCAGAAAGACAGACCCAGGCACACCAGACAAUGGAAAUGACCAACCUCAGUCUGAUAAAGAAAGUGUGAAGCUUCUCACCGUUAAGACAAUUUCUCAUGAGUCUGGUGAGCACUCCGCACAAGGAAAAACAAAGAACUGACAGCGUGGUGAAUCCUCCCCACACUCGGGCAGUAAAUAUGCUUAAUCUUCAGCUUCUGUGCUCCAGGAAUAGACAGAGAGAACGCCCUGUGGAAUUUAUCCUGACUUCGAUCCGGCUCACCAAUCUAUACCAAUCAUCUGUCCCAACCAAGUGACACCAAGAUGACAUACAAUAAUCUGAUAGAAUAAAAAAAAUCCUGGAUAUCCCCUGUCCUUCGAAACAGGAAAAGUCACAUUUGUACAUUUUAUAAGAACAUUCUCAGAAGAACAAAUUUUAGGAAAGGUGUUUGUGAGCAGUUAACCUGGGAGCCCAGGCAUGAGGGCUCCACAAUGUUAGGACCUUUCCUUGAGUUUAAAGUUUCCAGAGCUGACAGUUUUUAUCCAUAGGGACUUUUCUAUUUUCUUAGUAUUCUUCUAUUACCUAAUAUUUGUAUUUAUUGUUUUCCACCAUGUUAAUGCAGGGAAAUUUGCAAGUGUAUUAUUAAAUAUUAGAUAGAAAUCAUGACGUGCCACCUUGUACAUAAAGGUAUUUUAUUUGUAUUUUCAUGUGUUACUUGUAAUAAAUAAUUACUCUAUUCAAUACACUAAAAAUCAUAAUGCAACUGUGAAAAUGGCAAUGGUAUUGUCUUCCAUAAUUAUGACUAUGUUGGAUGAAUUAUGAGAACUCUAUAAUGAAAGGCAUCUGUAAUAAUUGAGAAAGGGACAAAGGAUUCACAUAUCAGACCCCGUUAGAAGUAAGUCAUACCAUUUCUUUGGUCUAUUUGUAAUUCAUGCUGUGUAACAAGGAUAUAGGGCAUUUAUGAUUCUCUGUACUGCAUUAAUUAAGAAGAUGAACAGGAUUGAAAGUUUUUCUUAAUCUUUUUGGUUAAUACUAUAUGUGCAUUUUUUAUUUCUUUUAGAAAUGUAAUAAUUUGUUCUAGCAAUUAUUGUUAAAUUUCCAGUUUGUAGAAAUGAACACCUUAUAAAUA